AUGCCGCGCGCCAAGGCCCAUGCGGCGAAGCUGGAGAGCAUGUUGGCCGCCGUGGCGACGGAUCCUGCGGCAGCGGAGGAGCUGCGUACGUACGUGCCGCCGGACCCGUCGCCAGAGCUGGACGUGCUCCUUGCGCACGAAAUCGACGCCGUGCGCGCACCGCUCGCUUCGCUCAUGUGCCUGAAUGCAGCGCUGCGCCUUGCGGCGAGCCGGGCGCAGGUAAAAAAGAUUGUGGCGCGGUACAAGCCGCUGCUGGAAGGAGAUGCGUUGCGUGCCCAGCUGCCGCAUGCGCCGGUGCUCGCCGCGCAGUGGGCGCAAGCGGUCUCGGAGCGCAGCGACCUGGUCGAGGACGCGCGCCCGUAUGCCAUUGCACAGCUGGAAGCGAUCCGCGCGAUGCUUUCGCGCAACUACCAAGGAAUUACCGGCGCAGACGCGCCGCUGCUCUACGAAUACCUCGCCGCCAAGGCAUACAAUAAUGCCGUCUCUCUUGCCGCUGCCGUCGAUGUGGACGCGACGAAUUUCCAGGACCAUAUAGGCCGCGCUGUGGACGUGCUUGCGUUUCUAUACUACGCAGGCCUUGCGUACGCCAAGACGCACGACUACGACGCGGCGAUCCAUGCGCUGGAGACGUGCAUUGCCGUGCCUUCCGAAGCAGUGAGCUGGAUCCAGCUGGACGCAUUCAAGAAAUUGGUGCUGCUGCGCCUCCUUUGCCACGGCGUGUGCCCCGAUGCAAAUACGCUGUGCCGCUCGGCGAGCAGCGGGGUGCGUGGGCAGUAUUUGCGCGAUACCAGGGAUGCCUACCUCGCAUUCCGCGCCGCGUACAUGGAGCAGCGGAGCGGCACACACGCCGCCGCCACGGUCGCCACUACGCACCGCGCCCAGUUUGAGCAGGACGCAAACUGGGGCCUCGUGUGCAUGUGCAUGGCUCUGCAGCGGCGCAGGUGGAUCGAGGCACUUGCGCGCGUGUACACAAGCAUACCCCUGCGCGAUAUCGCCGCGCACAUCAACGCGUCUGAGCAGCACACGCUCCGCGAGCUCGAGGCGAUGGAUGCGCGCAUCACCUUUUUCAGCGCCGACGCGCCGGCGCUGGCGCUGCCCGAGGCACGCGCUGUGGCGAACGCGGGCACCGCGACGUUUGUGCGCUUCCACGCGCCUGUGCAUGCGCCCGUACCUGUCGCCUCGGCCAUCGCCACCGAGCGGCGCGCCGCGGAGGAGCUCGCGCACGCGGUGCACUCCGCCACCACCGCGCCCCCCUUUCUCGCCCAAUUCCGCGCCCUCGUCGCGGGCCCCGCCGGCCCGCUGUAUGCGCCGGGCCUUAAAGGCGAUGCGGUGCUGGACCGCGUCCGCACCUUGCGGCGCGAGCUUGCCGAGAUAGGCCAAGGCGCCAUUGCGACGACCGCGCUGGACCCGUACUGUAAAGAAUUGAUCAAGCCGAGCCUGCUUCGCCACCGCGACCGGGCCGUGCAGGUCCAAGUAGCAUGUAUCUUGAGCGAUAUGCUGCGUCUGUAUGCGCCGAAUGCGCCGUUUACGCCAGCAGAGCUCAAGAGCAUUUUUCAGCGGUUCCUCGACGUGCUCGUGUCUGAUGCGGGGCUGGCGCAUCCACAAGCGCCGCUGUACGCCGACGCUGUGUACAUUGCCGAAAGUCUCGGCACGGUCAAGAGCAUUGUGCUGAUAUGCGAGCUGCCGAGUGCCGACGCGCUUGUCUCGGCCUACUUUGCGCGCCUCUUUGCGCUGCUGGACGGGCCCAUCGCGGCCAAUGUCCAGCUUUUUCUCACCGAGAUCCUCGUGCAGCUCAUCGAAGAGGGCAAUGCGCUGCCCGCACACGCGAUGGAAGCACUCAUGGCCGCAUUCGACAAGGAUGCAAGCCCCGCUGCCACUGCACUCGCAGCCGAGGUGUGCCGCCGGACGCAGGACCGCCUGCAGAAGCAAGUCGCGCACUAUUUUAGCCUCGCGCUCGAGCGCGACGAGGACGAUGCGCCGCUUCCCAGCGACCAAAUCUUGCGCAUCGCCUCCCAUGUCCCUUCGCUGCUCACCAGCGUCGUGCCCCAGCUCGAGGCACAGCUCGGCGCGCCACACACAGACACGCGCAUCUGCGCAACCGACAUGCUGGGCGCCUUGUUUGCCAUGCCGGGCGACUUUGCCGCUCUCUACCCCAGCACAUGGCGUGCUUGGCUCGCGCGCACACGCGACACGCAAGCGGCGGUGCGUGUGCAGUGGAUCAAGAGCGCGACGCUGCUCCUCACACACACACUGCGCGACGCUGUCGCCGCGCCAUUUGCCGAGCGCGUCGCUGAUCUUGACGAAAAGGUGCGCCUCGCCGCGGCACACGCGCUAGGCGCGCUCGACCUCGACACGCUCGCGCAGGUGCCGCGCACCGUCCUCACGGAGCUCGCGCGCCGCGGCAAGGACCGGCGCAGCGCCGUGCGCGACGCUGCAUUUGCCGCCAUCGGCCGUGCCUACCGCCUCGCCUAUCCCCACCUCGCGCAAGACGCGAUGCGCGCACAGUUUGCGUGGAUCCCAAACGCGGUGCUGCAGUGCAGCCUCGCGGGUGUGCCGUCGAUCGUGGCCAGCGUCCGCACCACGCUCGAGCACGCACUGCUUCCGUUUCUCGAUACACCUGCGUUUGCCGCGCAACUCGUGUGCGUCGCGGAUGCGCUCGACGACGACGGCUUUGCCGGGCUUUUGUACUAUACGAACCUGCACUUUGCGCGCCCCAGUGCCGUGGAUGCGUUCCUCGAUGCUUGCAGCCAAGACGAUGUCCAGCCAACCGCGGCAAUCCGCGCGUGCUGUGCGGCGCUGCGCGACGAACGCGCCGAGGCGCACCUCGCCGAGUUUGCCGCAUGGCGCGACGCGCGUGUGCUGCGAGCAAUGCGUCUGUGCUUCGAUCCCGCCACCCCGCUCGACGCGAGCAACGACGCACGCCGCGACGCGCUCGACACCGUGAAAGCGGCAAGGCCCGCGCUCGUAGAUACCAUUGCGUCGGUGCUCUGGCUGGGAUCCUACCCCAUCCUCAACCAGUCAUGCAUGCCUAUCCUGCUGGACAAAGGCGCGGCGCGCUUGUGCCGGUACGUUGCAGAGCACGCGCCGCAGCUCCUUGUCCAGCAUGCAGACCUGCUCGCGCAGCGCGCGCUGAAUGGCCCCGACGCGCUCGCGCUCGAGUGCCUCGCGAGCGUGGCCGUUGCUUUUCCCGCGCAUGUCAAUGUGCGCGAAAAUGCAGCGCUCUUCGGCGACGCGGUGUGCGGCACAGACGCACGGUGCGCGCAGUAUGCCGCGACCGUACUCGCCGCGCUCUCCGCCCCCGCCGCGCACACGGCGCUGGAAGAAUGCGUUCCCAUCCUGCAUACCCACGCCGAGCUCGGCGCGGAGUCCGAGCGCGUCGCGGCCUUAGCCGCGCUCGCGCCCAUUUUCCGGCACGAUUUUGCCGCGGUGGAAAGCCGCGCGGACGCGCUUGUCGAGCACAUCGUCCAGCAGAUUCUCCUCGCGCCGUGGCACGGCGCACUGGCGCUGGCGGCGCGCGUCGCCUCGCUCGAGCUCCUCACAAGCUUUUGUCUUGGGCAGGCCAGUGUCGUGCGCGUUGCGCCUCUCUUGAAGCUUUUUUGGGUGCUUGUACGCAGCGGCGAGGCGCGCGCCGAUCUGGGCACGCCGCCGGACGACGCGGCAUGCAUACGGCGCUGUGCGGCGCUCUCGGUGCUGCAGCUCGCCGAGGCGCCCGCGUAUGCCGCCGUGAUUAUUCCACGCAUGGGGCGCCUUGCGUAUGCGCUGCAGGACGAGAGUUUUGAGGUGCGCAGCGCGCUUCUGCAAAAUCUCCUCUUGCGUCUCUCGCAGCACACCAUCUCGCCGAGUUUUCACGCGCUCUUGUCGAUCCUUGCCUUUGAUCCAGAAGAGGAGUUGCGCGCGCGCGUUGUUUCGUACCACCGCCGCGCCGCCGCCGCCAUGCUCGAAGGAGCGCGUGCGGAGGCGUUUGACGCUGCGUUUUUGCGCUUCCUCUACAUUCUUGCACACCAUCCUGACUUUGCGCCUGGCUCGGACGAGGUGGUGCACAUUGCGCAGUAUAUCGAAUUUUUCCUUGGGAAUGUGGGCACGCCGCAGAAUAUGGGCGCGCUGAUGGCUUAUGCGCGAGCGCUGAAACGUGCCGUGGAUGCUGCUGCGCCGCCGCAUCAUGUCGAGGCGCAGUACCUGUAUAUAAUUUCCGAGCUUGCGCAGCUGGUCGUGCAGAGGUUUGCCGAGGAGCAUGGGUGGACUAUGGAGACGCAUCAAGAUGUGGCGCUUCCCGCGGAUAUUCUCGGUGCGCUUCCGCCGGCGGAGAUGGCCCAGGUGCAGGAAACGCGGUAUUUGGACGACCGGCUUGUCGAGCAGGUUCAAGCGCGCAAGAAGAAGCGUGCACAGCAUACCAAAGAGUCGGCGUCGAAGCGCGUGCGGAGUGCACAGCGGCAUAGCGCAAGUGACGAUGCUAGCUAG